UUCGAACAUUGACAGUAAUACCUCCAGAAGAGCGCGCUUUGCUUCUGGACACAUGGAAUAAAACCACGGUUACCAAUCAACCUGUCCACUUUCUUCAUCAAUUAUUUGAGGAUCAGGUAGAACGUGACGGAAAGGCAAUUGCUGUGGAGUGUAACGGAGUGUCUCUAAGCUAUGCAGAACUCAAUACUAAGGCCAAUCAACUUGCAUAUUACUUGAUAGCAAGGGAUGUUAAACCAGACGAUCUAAUCGUACUUUGUGUUGAACGUGCCAUAAAAAUGGUCGAAGCAAUGUUGGGUAUUUUAAAAGCAGGUUGCGCUUAUGUACCACUUGACCCGACCUAUCCAAGCCAACGACUGAAUAAUAUUCUACAAAAUGUAAACCCAAUACUUCUGUUGGCAGAUGCCACUGGCCGGAAAGCACUCGGAGAUAAUCAAGUACCUGUGAUUGACUUGGACAAACCGUUGCCUGAAGAUUUGCCGAUCAAUAAUCCGGAUGCCACCAAACUAGGACUCACCCCAGGACAUCUCGCUUAUGUUAUUUACACUUCUGGCUCAACCGGAACACCGAAAGGAGUAAUGGUUGAACAUCAUCAUGUAGCACAACUGUUCAUGUCUAUACGUCAUAAAUUGGAUUUCAAUAACCAAGAUAAGUGGUGUAUGUUGCAUUCCAUUUCUUUCGACUAUUCCGUAUGGGAGAUAUGGGGUGCGCUAUUGAAUGGAGGUCAAUUGUCGAUUGUACCACACAGUAUCAUCCGUUCUUCGAACGAAUUUUAUGAUUGGAUCUGUACAAAUGGUAUUACUGUACUAAAUCAAACCCCAUCGGCAUUCAAAAUGCUUAUGCGAGAGAAAUUUUUUAGUAUAAGAUCCGAUCGACUGCGAUAUAUUCCCCUUGGUGGUGAAGCAUUACAUCCAUCAUUAAUGAGGGAGUGGAACGAAAAGUGUGGCAAAGAUCAAACAGUGUUAGUCAAUAUGUAUGGGCCUACCGAAACUGCAAUUAUUACAACAAUGUUGGUCGGUGUUAACAUAAUAUCUGAUAGAUCGAUUGUUCCAAUCGGUCGUCCGCUUCCCAACAGGCGUAUUUACCUACUGGAUGCACAUGGAGAGCUAGUGCCAAUUGGAGCCGAGGGAGAAUUGUACAUUGGCGGUGCCGGUGUGGCACGUGGCUAUCUUAAUAGUCCUGAACUUACUGCCGAACGUUUUCUACUCGAUCCUUUCAGUGAGAAUCCAGCAGCACGAAUGUACCGUACCGGUGAUCGAGCACGAUAUCUGUCUGAUG